GAGAACAAAAGUAAACAAAGAAAGAAAGAAAUGAAGUAAGAUGUUGAUGGGAUCGCACCAGCAACGACAACAGCGCCGACAUCAGCCGCAGCAACAGCAGCAGCAGCAGCAAAAUCCCAACCAUCGCUAACUGAACCCCCAAAUUACGUCAAUUAGAGUGAGACAUCAUCCCCCAAACCCCCAUUUUCCUCUUUGCUCUUCCUCAUCUCAUCUCACCCCUUCUCAUCUGUGUUAGUUGUGCUACUGCUAUUAUUCAUAUUCCAUCAACCAUCCCAUUCUACUCCCAUCUCAUGUCUCCAGCUCUGUAUUUCCCUCACGUUUCACCCUUCUCCUUCCUCUAGUUGCUACUAUUUCAGAUUUCACAGCCAUCUAUGAAUGAAUUGAUGAGAGAAGAAGACGAGUGGAUGAUGAUGAUGAUGGGUCAUAGAUCAUAAACGAAAAUGACUACUAUUAUAUUUCAUACAACAACAAUGACAGAGAAGAUGAUGAUGAGAUCGCGACAUUGUUGAUAUUGCGAUUUGACAUAUGGGGAGGCCAACGGCAGCUAUCGCCAAGCAGCAUAAAACCACCGCCGCCAAGAAAUUGCUGUUGCCCUGCAUAAUAGGCCUACUGGGUUUUGCUCUAAUCGCAGAUCUACUUUGGGCCGCUUCUUCUCCUUCUCCUGCCUCCUCCUCCUCUGCGCCCUUCAUCGUCAUCUCCCAUUCUCCCUUCCCCAAUCACACCCAUUCCGCUGCCGCUCCCUUCAAGGACAAGGACGCUGCUGACAAACAUGUAAAGACCAAUCAGAGGUUACUAUCAGCUACCUUUUCUGAUUUGCCAGCUCCCCUCUUGGAAUGGGAGAAGAUGGCCCCUGCCCCCGUCCCUCGUCUUGAUGGUGCUGCCAUUCAGAUCGGCCAUCUCCUUUAUGUCUUUGCCGGAUACAGAACCAUUGAUUAUGUGCAUUCUCAUGUGGACAUUUACAACUUUACCGACAAUACAUGGGGAGGAAGGUUUGAUAUGCCUAAAGAGAUGGCCCAUUCACAUUUGGGUAUGGUAACAGAUGGGAGGUAUAUUUAUGUAGUUACUGGGCAAUAUGGCCCUCAGUGUAGAGGGCCUACUGCACGAACAUUUGUGCUUGACACACAGACGAAGCAGUGGAGCAACAUGCCUCCUCUACCUCUCCCUAGGUAUGCACCUGCAACUCAACUCUGGAGGGAAAGACUACAUGUGAUGGGUGGCAGCAAAGAGAAUCGUCAUACACCUGGAUUAGAGCAUUGGAGUAUUGCGGUAAAAGAUGGCAAAGCUUUAGAGGAGGAGUGGCGGACUGAGGUUCCCAUACCCCGUGGUGGACCUCACAGGGCUUGUGUCGUGGUUGAUGAUCGAUUGUAUGUCAUAGGCGGUCAAGAGGGUGAUUUUAUGGCAAAGCCUGGGUCUCCUAUUUUUAAGUGCUCUCGCAGGAAUGAGGUUGUCUAUGGUGAUGUUUACAUGCUGGAUGAUGAUAUGAAGUGGAAGGUCUUACCGCCUAUGCCAAAGCCUGAUUCACACAUAGAGUUUGCUUGGAAAAUUGUGAAUAAUUCAAUCAUUAUUGUUGGAGGCACAACAGAGAAGCACCCUGAAACAAAGAAGAUUACACUUGUUGGAGAAGUAUUCCGGUUUCAGUUAGAUACACUGAAAUGGUCAGUCGUGGGAAAGCUUCCUUAUCGAGUGAAAACUACUCUUGUUGGCUUUUGGAAUGGAUGGUUGUACUUCACUUCUGGACAACGAGACAGGGGACCUGAUGAUCCAGCACCAAGGAAGAUCAUUGGGGAAAUGUGGAGAACUAAGUUACACUUAUGAGUUAUUUUUUUGCCAGUUAUUUGAAUGUAUUCAGCAUAUCUGCAUUUUUUCUUUUUGGUCAGUUUAGAAGGUAGGUUGUAGUGGUAAUGAUUUGUUUACAUCGUUUGGAGGAAAUGGAAAAGGGGAUGGGAAUUGUGGGAAGGAUUAGUUCCAUUUUUUGAUUACUUUUGUAUCUUUGCUGGUAUGAGAUCGAUAUGUAGGAUUGAUGGUUCUUCAAGAGGGGCACACACAAGCAUGACUUGGUUCACCGGGAUUCAUGAACUUGUAUGUAGUGCUCCCGAGAAGAUGUCAAGUGAACGUUGUAUGAUACUGGAACUUUUGAUUGUCAAAGUUCAUUUCACUUGUUAGAAUUGCUUCCUCAAUAGUGUUCUAAAUCAUAUAGUUGGCACACAUGUAUAUGCUCUAAUGAUUUCGCUCAUAAUUCGCCAAGUUCCUAACACAGGAUCCUCUCUCUAAUGAUCUCGCACAAGGUAAGCAAUUUGCAAGUAGAGAAUAGAAGGCAUUGGAUUAUAUAUUCUUUCUUCUUUCUUUAUGAGUUGUAGAUUGCCUCAAAGGUCAUAUGUCAUCAUAUAAGGGUGAAAGCCGGGGUUCCACGUCGGCGUGGUUGUCCGCCACGUGGCAAGAGACGAUUGGUUGGCUGGUGCUGGGUGUCCGGUUGUCUUUUUUUUUUUUCUUCUUUUGUGGUCUAAAAACAGUAGAGUCCGGUUGUCUUUUAUUUUUUUUCCUUCUUUUUCUUUUGUGGUCAAAAAACGGUAGAGUUGUUGUUUGGUAAUGGGUUGUUGGGAUCAGAGAUUGGCCAAUAUUACGGUUGUACCCCUUUGGUGUUCACCUAUUUACGUUCCAACCUGUUAUUGUAUCUAUAGGAGUUCCCCUUUUUUUUUUAUUAUCAAGGUGUGUUGGUAAUGUGGCUUUGGCAGAAAUUACGCUUCUUCUUUCUUCACCUUCCCACCGGAGCCCUAUUCUAUUAUACCUUACAGCUUCUUCUGAUGAGAGCGGUUCAAUUCUCAGUGGUGAAUCAUGACUUUUUUUCACUGCCUCUUCCUCCUUAUUCCUUGCCAUUUGACUUUCAUGUGGUUGUGUAUUUGUCAAACAAUUUUUACCCAGACUAUUUCCCCCCUGUGGCUGCUCCUGAAGCGGUGAAGCAGUGAUUUGGUAAUGUGGUCGUUGGGCUCCUAGCCCCGUUGAUAUUACCAUUUUAGCACUUCGCUGUGCUCUUUUUUACGCUUGCCCUUUUAUUGUAUUUUUUUGUUCUGCUGUUUUCUGGAGGUUGUAUUGGUAAUGUAGUCUUUAUUGCGUCUCGCUUGCUUAGCCAGAUAGAGUCGCCUUCUUGUUGGAGAAGGUGGGUGAACUGACUUUGUGUUCAGAAGCCGUACAUUUCGUCCACUGUUUCUUUCUGUUCUUUCCCGAGGAUUAGGUGCUUGCGAUGAUGAGACCUGUUGGUUGUCCCCGUUACUUUUUCAAGCAUAUAGCUAAUUGGUAUGGUGGUGCCUGUUAUGUUGUUACUAUUCCUUCUUAUCGUUCACCAUCCAGCAGUAUCAGGUGAGCUCUUCUGCUCUUUUAUGGACCUAUUUUACAUUUCCUUGCACGUUUCCCCCUUUUCUCUUCCAAUCUUUGGUUGUUACCAUUUCCAUAUCUUAAAUUGCCUUGUGGAUAUUUUGCUACAUAUAUGCUAUUGUUUAGCUUUACUUUGCGUUAUUUAUUUAUUGCGUUGAUUUCCUUUUCAUUGCCUUAGUCGUUUCCCUCCGCAUUUUGUCAUAAUUUUUUUGUUUACUUGCCUUGCUUUUAUUGCUUUUUUUUUUCCCUUCUAAGACAUUACUUGUUCUGCUUUAUUUUGUCUUAUGUAUGAAUAGUUCUUCAUUCACUGCUCGUUUCAUGCUACAGAGUCACUGCAAAUAGUAUAUCAUACUUAAAUAUUGGGGUUUAGGUGCACUGCAAUGCUUAUUAUAAAGGGUUGUUUUGCUCCCCUUUGAAGGAGAGACGGUUUGACUUCUUCACUUAGUCUUCUGCAUUUAGUAUUCUGAUAUCAAGAGAAACAAAUGAUUUAGAUUUAUAUGUGAGAUGAUGCUUUACAGAGAUUUGGUGUGAAACAAAAGAAGAAGAUUGCUUCUUUUAAAACCUCAGUUGACGUACUCACGCUUUCAGCAACGCCUAUUCCACGAACCCUCUAUUUAGCUUUGACUGGGUUUUGUGAUGCCAGUUUAAUAUCUACACCACCUCCUGAAAGAGUUCCUAAUAAGAACCCGUCUUUCAUCAUAUUCUAAGGAAAAGAUGAUAUCAGCUACAAAGUAUGAGCUGGACCGAGAUGGACAGGUUUUUUAUGUGUUGCCCAGAAUCAAAGGGCUUGAAGGAGUCAUGGAGCUUCUUGAAGAAUCGUUUCCAGAGGUUGAAAUAGCUAUUGCUCAUGGAAAGGUAAUUCAUUGCUUGAAGCGGAGAGCUAGAUCUAUGACCACUUCACUCAGCAUGGGUAAAAUACAAAACUACAAAGCACCAAACCACUAUGUAAGGACUGACACCAUUAAGAACAAAUUUUAGCAGCUUUGUAUGAGGGAGACUUGAAUUCAGUUAAUCACAUUGGCAAAGGUGGUUACAGAAGUUUAUGAUAACCUGCUAUGUUGUUUGUUAAGUUUUGAUAUCUUAUUUCCUAUAGUGAAACAAGACAAAGAGGGAUGCAUAUGAGGACAACGAAAGCACUAUGAGCCACUAACAAAGUUCUUCAAGUAUAAUGACUGUCUUUAGAAGGCACAGAACUGGAGAUGGGAAGAAGAUUAACAUCACAGGGCCCCAGAAAGUGGUUUUGUGAGAAUGAAAUGUCUAGAUGCCAUUGUGUGGAAAAAUACACGAUUAUAUGAUGUCAUGUAGUUUAGGAUCUUCGGAUUGAAGUAUUGCGUGCAUUUAAUCCAUCCACAUGAAACAAACAUUGUCCUUUUGAACUUUUGUAAAUUCUGAAUUCCUGCGUAAAUAGGAUUUAUAGUCAUUCAGAUCUUGUUAAUUAUUAAUAAAGAGUUUGGAUUUUGAUGGGUGGCAGAUA